AUGACGCCCAGUCCUCCUGAUGAAGCCAUUCACUUUCGGGGAAAGACCCUGACUCCGGAAAGCCCGCGCCCGAUGCAUAUUCCGGAACCUUCUAAUAUUCCCAUCCUGGAGAACCAGAUGGACCCGGUCUUUAACGACACGGCGACUUAUCAACGCUCAGAAGGCCCACAUUGCUACAGUCAAGAGUUGGAACAGAACGGAUGGUCAAGCAUCGUGCGGGAUGGCCCAGAUCAGAUCCCGGGACCGCGCGAGGACACAAAUAGCUCGCAGGGUGUGCAGCGGGUGGAAAAACCUCCAGUGAAGGACCAGGCUCCCUCGGCAGGACAGCUCUACCCGUAUGAGACAGCAGAGUUCACGCAACCCACUGCCAAUAUGAGCCAAAAUCUCAGCAAUCCGUCGCAUACGGAUUCCAGCCAUGCCUUCCUGGGAUCGCAUUAUCCCAAUGCAAGCCCGGUUGAUAUGCAUGCUCAGGCGUACAGCUCGACUAGAAAAAUGAUUGACAUGGACCCAAGGGCGCCAUCUUCCGACCACCCCCAGCAGAUAGAAGAGGAGCAUGGCAACAUAGGCCCAGCUUCUAGUGAAGUGAAUCUUCAGAUCCUGCUCGACAACCUCUCCCAAUCCUCUGCCUCCGCAAACCAGCCCAUCACCUUUCCUGCUCCGACCGAGCGCAUGUCGGAACAAAUGCCCCCAGCUCAUGAGUCUGCUCGUUCCAGUAUUCCUUCCACGUUGAAUGCUGCGUCUGGGUCGGAUCCUCCUGCUGCCCAGAUCCAUUCAGGAUACACUCAGGCCGGUGAAACGGCGCCUCCCCCGCCAUUCUCCAAUUUGAACCCCGCUUCCAACGCCUAUGCGACCCCAGUCAGCAAUGAGUCCCAUCAGCCCAAUGCCGAAUCGUCGCGGCUGACUGCACCAGGAACCGAAUCUGGUGUUGUAGGCCUCUCUCCACCCCCGACAGCCAAGUUUCAGCAACAGAAUUUCAUUUCAGCCGACGAGCCUAAAGUCGGCCAGGACGCAGGGCCCUCGCCCAAAAGAGCACGCGUUGACCGACAAAUCGCCCGAGGCAGCAAGGCGGAGGAUGAUCAGCCCUGGGGCCCUGAAGUGCAAAAGAAGUAUGAUGAGUUUCUACACCAGGAACGAAUCUAUGUGACCGAGGGACUAUGGGACCGGUUUCCCAAUGGGUCCAGGUUAUUCGUCGGCAAUCUUCCCACCGAGCGAGUCACAAAGCGAGACAUGUUCCACCUCUUUCACAAAUAUGGCAAACUCGCCCAGAUAUCUAUCAAACAAGCCUAUGGCUUCAUUCAAUAUGUCGAAGCUACGGCCUGUCGUGCAGCUCUGCAGCACGAGCAAGGGGCUACCAUAAGAGGCAGAAAGAUUCAUCUUGAAAUUUCCAAACCGCAAAGGUCCACGGCAAGAGCUGCCCCUACGGCAGAGACGUCUCGCGCACCCCCACCUCAUCGCUCGCGGUCGCCUGACUACGUUCGUGCGGCACCGACUCGGAAUUCCGGACGUGCAUUAGUCGAUCGGUACGAACGGCCGCACGACACAGCCCGGCCCCCAUUCAGUGACUUUCGUGACGAGACUUCCCAUCGACGACGCGAUGACUAUCGUCCUCCCCGGUCGCCCUCACCUCGCCCGGCUCGAGCGCGCGAGGGCUACCGAUCACGAGAUCGAACGCCUGAGCGAUUCGAACGCCGCGAGCGGAGACGGUCGCGAUCUCCGCGCUCUCCCCGGUCUCCUUAUGCUCGAGAUCGUCGCUACCGAAGCUCAAGCCCCAGGCCUCGGAAUAACUAUGAAGGAGAAGCAGAGCUGCCUGUUCCUCGCCGUACGCCUCGAGAUGUGCCGGAGGUGCAGGUGCUUGUGCUCGAAGAGAUUGAUCGAAACUUCGUCCUCCAAGUAGAAAAUGCGUUUCGUAACCGGGGCUUGCGGGUCGACGUCCUCGUCCUUGGACCUCGAAUUCCUCUGGGUGCGGCUGUUCAACGCCAAUUCGUUGAAGGCGUUCUCGCCGUGGUCAGGCUUUCUCGCUCGAAUCAAUUUUCCCGCAAAAUACCGCUUCAGAUAUUCGAUCGAAGUGCGGGGCCCGAGCACGUCCGCUUUACGGAUUAUCCAGAACUUGAUCCCAGUAUCGCUGCCGAGGUCAUGUACCACCAAGCACAGGCGAUGCAGCGUGGCCCGAGCGCGCCGUUCGCGCCUCAUCCGGCUUUUGGUGCUGCUCCGAUGCCGUUAGGGUUGCCUCAACCUCCCAUGUCGGCAUUGCCGAAUCCUCACAUGGCAAAUCUCAUCAGCACGCUCGACGGGCCUGCCCUCCAGUCUCUCCUUUCGGCUCUUCAGCAACGACCCGGCCCGCAGUCCAACCCCGUCUCCGCUACUCAAUCACCCUUCGCAUCCCCCAACCCCCCAUCGCCGGCUGAUUUGGCGAGUCUUCUGGGCAGUGCGAACCGCGCACCGCCCAUGACUUCACUCCAUCCACCCCAAAAUCUUCCUCCCCAACACAUUCCCCACCCCCCAUACGCUCUUCAGCAACCAAACGUUCCAAUGGUUACUGAUCCAAAUCUGCUGUCACUUCUAGCAAAAGGUCUCGGAGUUCCACAGGCACAAUCGCAGCCUCCACUUGGUUCCAAUGUGCAAAAUCUGAUGAACCAUUUCACAAAGUGGAAGCAAUGA